UUAACCCCUUGGGCUUUGGGAGCAGAGGGGAAGGCUAGUCAUGGUCCACUGCUCGCAAUUUGGGGGCUAGGGGGAGACUCGUCAGCCCCUUGCACUUUGGGAGCAUGGAGGGAGAGGGAAGGCUGGUUGUCCCCUUGCCCUUUGGGUGUGUGUGGUGGGGGAGGCCGGUCGGCCCCUUUUGCUGUUUCCUGACAGAUUCUCCAGUACUGAGAGCGGGGAGGGGCGACAGCCCGCUGCCCCGGCAGCGCUUUCCCGCCCUUUCCCUGAGGUGGGUGACCGUUGGGCCCAACAGGUGGAAGGGGCGCGCGCAAAUCAUCCCCUCAGCCCUUAGCGCGCGCCCCUCCCCCGGUUUCCCGCCCCUCGCGGACAGUGCGCAAGCGGGCGGGGGCGGGGUCUGGCCGAGCCUCGCCCGCGCCUUGGUAACGGGACGUGGGCGGUGUAAACAAAGGGGAGACACCCCUCCCCUCCCCUCCCCCCCUCGGAGGAGGCCACGCCCGCUGGCUGCCUCGCCUGGCCCCGGCGGGGAGCGCGAGCCGGCCCCGGGUCCGGCCAGCCGUGCUGCCACGCGCUCCGGGCUGCAGCCCGUGCAGGAGAGGCGGUGUGUUUGCACGCGCGAUGGGGGUGUGGGGCGUGUUCCCUGGCCAUGGGGGUUGCAGCCCUGCGCCCGGGCAGGCGUGCACCGUCGCUCCCAGCCCACGGGUUGGCAAUCGGGCUGCUCAACGGUGCGAGGCUAAAGGUUACGAGGCUGCAGGGCUGGUUUGGGGCUUGGGUGUAAGGUGGACGUGACGUCCCCUGUGCGGCUCCGGGAUUGUGAGGGGCGCUCCCGGCUGGGGGACGAGUGCGAGGCCUGGCUAGACAGCACGGCAGGCUACCCUCGCUCGCCUUUCUGCAAGGAGAAAAUAAAUCACAGAAGCGUAGGGCUGGAAGGGUCCUCAAGAGGGCAUCUAGUCCGUCCCUGCUGAGCUGAGGCAAGACUCAGUGCACCUCGACCACCCCUGCCUGGGCUUAAAAUCCUCCAGUGAUCACCUGUUCCAAUGCUGCUUAACUUCCUUGGACACGACGGUGCAUUGCGGAUCAUGUGUGAGAAAGUUUCCUCGGCGAUCGAAUUCUCCUGUUUCUUCUUCCCCUGCUUUGCAGCAGUGAGAUACUGUGGUGAUAAGAGCUUAAGAAAUACCUGAGAGAGAAUGUUUCCUUCCCUCUCCAAUCAAAAAUGCAAUUUUGAAACUGCAGGAACUGAGGUUGAUUUUUAAGGGGAAAGGUUUUUAAUUAUAAACUGCAGUAAUUUAACAGAACUAUUGCACAUCUACCACCACUAGGUUCUUUCCCAGUUUGCUAUCUGUGUAACACAGUGAGCUGCAAUUUAGGUCUCUUCCCUCACCCUCUUUCUUAACUCAUUGCACUUCUGAUAUUCAGAUGGUCUCUAACAACACAGGAGAACUCUUGUCUCAGAGCAAAGCUGGAAAUCUUUAGCAGACUAUGGAGUCAUGAACAACUGGUGUAGAUGAUUCAACAGAUCUGUUCUUGCCAUUUACAAUUAAAACAGUUCUAGCCUACUGUAGUUAUUUGUACAAGAUAGAAGCUUUUUUCAGUGGAGCUCAUUUUAUUACCUGUUCUAUUUCCUUUUUGUAAAUGGGCAUAGGGAUGAGGGGGAAUAGAGAGCAAUACUGUGAUAUCUGCAUAGCAUGUAACCCUUUGCAUGAUUUGUAUAUUGCAGGGUCUGUCUUCAGGGCUUCAUGCUGAGUCCAUCAGUGCAGGUCAAUAAAAGGACUUCCCAUGACAGGUAAAGGUGGCAAAUCCAAACGCAGCAAAUCUAAAGGCUCCAGGAAGAAAACAAAGAAGCCAGUGAGCGAAGUGGAUAUCCUUAGCCCAGCUGCCAUGCUCAAUGCCUACUACAUUUCUCACAAUGCUGCUGCCUGCCUGGAGUUCCGUGGCUUUAACUGGCCUGACUCCCCCAAAAAGAAAGGGAAGAAAGGAAAGUAGUAAUCAGAUGGAUGGAAGGCAAGGGAUCCAUGAUACAUCAAGCUUCACCACGAAAAGGAGAACCCUUGUUAAGGAUUGAAAGCAAACUGAUCACUCAGGUUUUUAACUCCUAAGGUUUGCCAUAAUCACUGUGAAGGCCAGUACUUAAGACACUCUUGUUAUGAUUCGAGCAUAAGAUAGUAAAUGUUAAUUUAAGUGUAAUACUAACCAUGGCCGUUCGCCUGCUAAUUCUGGCUGCAAAUAAAACAUUGCACCUCUGUGAGCAAUUCUAAUGAUGUGUG